AUGAGUCAGAUUGCAAUGACCUGCGUAAAGCUCUGAUAUCUACCUGAGAAAAUGUUCCAAAUUCUCACAAUACUGUUACUGGAAACACAGAUCUCCGUGGUUUCACCUUUAUUUACAGUUGAAGUUCCUCAACAGCUCUACACUGUAGAGUAUGGGAGCAACGUGACCAUGGAAUGCAGAUUUCCUGUGAAUGGCUCAGUGGAUCUAAGACUUCUGACUGUUGUUUGGGAGCAGAAAAGGCAGGGCUUGUUGAAAUCAAAAGAGGUGUACACAUUCCGCAAUGGGAAGGCACUCCGUCCAUCUCAACAUCCUGAUUACGUAGGAAGAGCAUCACUUCUGCACAGUGAACUGAAGCUGGGACGAGCCAUCCUCCAGAUCACCAAUGUUAAGAUCACAGAUGCAGGAUCAUACCUUUGUCUCAUUGACUACCAGGGCGUGGACUACAAGUAUAUUGCUUUGGAAGUAAGAGCAUCUUACAAGAGAAUAAAUACUCAUGUAAUGAAAAUACCACGUGAAGACAAGUUUGUUUUUAUGUGCCAGUCAGAAGGCUUUCCUCUGGCAGAGGUUUUCUGGCAAAAUGAGAACUUCAAUCUCAGCGGAUUUGUAAAUACCACCUAUACACUGACUGCAGAUGGUCUCUACAAUGUCACCAGCAUCCUGACAUUCAAACCAAAUAUGAGUGAGAACUACACGUGUGUCUUCUGGAAUAAAGAACUGAAUGGAGAAACUUCAGCUCACUUUUCCACUUUAGCUUUAAUGAGUACACAGUAUAGUGGACAAAAAUUCCUGAUCUCUUUAAUCAUCCCCACAUGUGUGACUGUAGCUGUCCUUCUCUCUGCACUAAUAAUAUUUCAGAAGAGAAAAUCAUUCAAGAAUGAGCAACCCAAAAAAGAUAGGAAAAGAAAACUGAAUCCUAAUGCAAAGGAUGAGAACAGUGAUGAUUUUAACUCUCAGACUGAGGCUUUAUACUUGUCAACUGCCACAGCUUCAAGAGACAGUGGGAGUGUGGGUCUGUGA